AUGGGUAGAGAUAAAAAGAAAGAUAUAUCACAAAUUAUUCCGGCGGCCCUACUGGAGACUGCAGCCGAAGCUGGUACCCACAGGCUUGGAAAAGCGCCUAUGCCCCUUCCCUCGCAUAGUACCAUGCCGCCCCAAAUAUCCCAACCAGCUCUACCGGAGACUGCCAGAUAG